AUGUCUCAGGAGGCCCGGGCCUGGCUGGGUGAGAGCUGGUUCACCCAAGACACCUGCACUGAGCGCUGUACCUGCAACAGCAAUAAAAACAUCACGUGCACAGGCUGGGCGUGUGCAGAGCUGGAGAAAUGCAGUGUUCAGGAUGGGGUGCUGGGUUGUUACUCCCCUGACGCCUGGACUACUUCAAGUCCAACUACAGUAGGCACCAGUCCAUCAGAGUCUACAACAGUGCAAGGAACGAGCCCUGCUUCGGAGACCACUCCGCCCCACACAAUAAGCACCACAGGAAAAUCCCCGACCACAGCAACUCCAAGUACAGCAGAGCCCUGUCAGACAGGCCGUGCCACCUGCAGUGCCUCAGGGGACCCGCAUUACUACACGUUUGAUGGCAGAGUUCACCAUUUCAUGGGAAACUGCACUUACACCCUCUCCAAAGUGUGCAACGGCUCCAGGGGGCUUCCACCCUUUGACGUGUCCACCACCAAUGAGCACAGGGGCUCCAAUACCAAAGUUUCCUAUGUAAAGUCAGUGCACGUGGAUGUCUAUGGAACUCAGAUUUCCUUGCUGAAGAACAGGAAAGUGAAUGUGAAUGGCACCAGAAGGAACCUGCCCGUGGUGAUUGAAAACAAGAUCAAGGUCCAGAUCAGCGGGGGCUACGUGCUUAUGGAAACGGAUUUCGGACUCUGGGUCAGAUUUGACGGCAACCACUAUGUGGAGGUCUCAGUAUCCGGUUGUUACAAGGGCCAGCUCUGUGGCCUGUGUGGUAAUUACAAUGGUGAUGCAAAGGAUGACAACAUAAAGCCGAAUGGCAGCAUUGCAGGAGAUUCCACGGAGCUUGGAGAGAGCUGGCUAGUGGCAGAGAAUAACACCAUAUGCUCCCCUGACCAAGUACUGGCCUGUGACCCCCUGCUGGAGAGUGAAGCGAGGAAGGACACAGCCUGUGGCAUGAUCACCGACCCGACAGGUAUCUUCAAGGACUGUCACGCCAAAGUAGCUCCAGAGAAUUUCUUGGAAAACUGUGUUUACGACAUGUGUCACACGAAAGAGCAGACAGUGUCCUUAUGCAAUGGGCUGCAGGCUUAUGCAGAGUCGUGCACAAAUGCUGGGAUCUGCAGAGAAUGGAGAAAUAAUACUUUGUGCCAGCGUCUCCAGUCUGGGGAGCUGCCGUGCAAGCAAUAG